UACCAUAUGAGUUGAUAAAAAUGGCUUGGUGCGGUGAAGCUGACUCUUUCGUGAGCCCUGUUGUGAAGUAUAUUCUUUUCUUCUUCAACUUCCUUUGUUGGCUGUUUGGAGGUGUCCUUAUAGGGGUUGGUAUUUGGGCAUACAUUGAAAAGCACAAAUAUUACCACAAAGAAAUACAGUCCGUGUACGAUCUCAUCUUUGAUCUUGCCAUCAUCUUCAUGGUCGUUGGAGCUGUUAUCUUUAUCCUGGGAUACGCAGGGUGUAUCGGUGCUCUCAGGGAAAACAUCUACCUCUUGAAGUUUUACUACUUUGCCAUGCUGUUAAUAUUUCUUGGGAUGGUAGUUUGUGCAGUAUUGGCAUUUGUAUUCCAAGACAAGUUCAGACAGAAGUUUACACUCCUGUUCAAAGAUAAUCUGAUCACUACGUACCAGGAUGACCCAGACAAACAGAGUACCAUAGACUGGCUACAGGAAGAGCUGGGUUGCUGUGGAGUGAACAAUUACAGAGACUGGAACAAGAACGAGUACUAUAACUGUACGAACAAUGGCAAGGCUAAUCCUAGCCCCCUAGCCUGUAGUGUUCCUCACUCCUGCUGUAAAGUACAAGAUGUUCUAACACCAGGAGUUCCAAAUAUAUUGUGUGGGAGUGGAGUCCUUAAAAGGGGGGGUGAUAUCUCUGUUAUAAAUACCAUUGGCUGUAUUGAUGCUGCUCUGGGUCUGGUGGAAACAGAGCUGCCUAUAAUUGGAGGAAUCACCAUUGGGAUCGCUAUCAUACAGGUAAUUAUCCAAGGGUUUAGAAGCUACAGGGAUCAAACUGUUGUGGAACCUUUUAGCCCAAAGCACAAUGUCAUAGUUGGCAGAAAUGGGUCAGGGAAAAGUAACUUUUUUUAUGCUAUCCAGUUUGUCUUGUCUGAUGAAUUCAGUCAUCUUAGACCAGAACAAAGGCAAGCUCUACUCCAUGAAGGAACAGGACCAAGGGUUAUUUCAGCCUUUGUGGAGAUUAUCUUUGACAAUUCAGAUAAUCGAAUACCAAUUGACAAAGAUGAAGUUGUACUCAGACGUGUCAUUGGAUCCAAGAAAGAUCAGUACUUUUUAGACAAGAAAAUGGUUACGAAGGGUGAUGUUAUGAAUUUGUUAGAGAGUGCUGGGUUUUCUCGAAGUAACCCAUACUAUAUUGUUAAGCAGGGAAAGAUUAAUCAAAUGGCAACAGCUCCUGAUUCUCAGAGAAUCAAACUUCUUAGAGAGGUGGCUGGAACAAAAGUGUAUGAUGAAAGGAAAGAAGAAAGUAAAGUAAUUCUAAGAGAAACUGAGGGUAAAAGAGAGAAGAUUAAUGAUCUGUUGAAGUAUAUAGAAGAAAGACUAGCAACGUUAGAAGAUGAGAAAGAGGAGCUUAAAGAAUAUCAGAAGUGGGACAAAAUGAGGAGAUCUUUAGAAUACACCAUUCAUGACCAUGAACUGAGGGACACAAGAAAAAAAUUAGAUGAGCUACAAGAUAAGAGAGAUAACAGUGGUGCUAUGACACAGAAGAUCCGUGACAAGCAGCAAUCUACUGUAGACAAAGUCAAGUCCAUAACAAGAGAACUCCGAGACCUGAAAACUAAGAUGCAGUCAGUGAUGGAAGAGAAAGAAACCUUGAACUCAGAAUACCAAGAAGUGACAAAGCGCAGGGCAAAACUGGAAUUAAUGAUCAAAGACAUUCAGGAUGAAUUAGAGGGAGACAAGAGCUCAAGGAGCAAGUUAGAAGAUGAGCUGAAAAAGAUCAAUGAGAAAAUCACAAAAACUCAGCAACAACUGGAAAACAAUUUGCCACUUUAUGAAGCUCAGAAACAAAGGGAAGAAAACUGCACCCAACAGUUAUCUUUAGCUGAACAGAGGCGGAAGGAAUUGUAUGCAAAACAAGGCAGAGGGAACCAGUUUACAUCCAGGGAUGAUCGAGACAAUUGGAUAAAGAAAGAGCUUAAAUCUCUUAAUAGGGCAAUCAGAGAUAAAGAAGAACAGAUAAAAAGGCUGAGAGAGGAUUUAGUCAAUGAUAGCAAAAGAGCUGAGCACCUUGGAACUCAAACUCUGGAAAUAAGCAGCAAAAUUGAACAGAACAAAGACAUCAUUGAACAGAACAACAGAAAUUUUAAUGAAAUGAAGAAACAGAGGGAUGCAUUACAAAAUGAAAGAAAUGCAUUAUGGAGACAAGAAACGCUACUACAGCAAGAACUACAAAGUGUUAGAGAAGAAUUGAGUAAGAAAGAACAGGGACUUAGGUCUAUGAUUGGCAAGGCUACUCUGAAUGGUAUAGACAGUGUACAAAAAGUGCUGGAUUCCUUUCGCGAGCAGGGUAAAUUUCAGGAGGUGGUGGACGGAUACUAUGGAACUCUGAUUGGUCAGUUGGACUGUGAAAAGACAUUCUUUACUUGCGUGGAAGUAACUGCUGGCAACAGAUUGUUUCAUCAUGUGGUGGAUUGUGACAAAACAGGCACAAAGAUCCUCACAGAAAUGAACCGCCUUCGAUUACCAGGGGAGGUUACUCUAAUGCCCCUCAAUAAAUUGGAUGCUAAGGAAACACAGUAUCCUGUUACUAAUGAUGCUAUUCCUAUGAUUAGUAAAAUCAAAUUUGAUCCUCGAUUUAACCGUGCAAUGAAUCAUGUUUUUGGAAAAACCUUAAUCUGUCGUAAUAUGGAGACUGCCACUCAAAUUGCCAGAACACAAAACCUUGACUGCAUAACGUUAGAAGGUGACCAAGUGAGCCGUCGUGGAGCUUUAACUGGGGGUUAUUAUGACAUGCGUAGAUCAAGACUUGAUCUCCAGAAAGGAAAAAUGGAGUAUGAACAGAAACUAGAAGUAAUGGAGAAAGAGUAUAAUGAACACAAACAAAAGCUAGAGGCAGUGGAAUCUAAGAUCAACAAUCUGGUCAGUGAGAUGCAGAAAAUGGAGACUAGGAACAGCAAAAACAAAGACACUUUUGACAAAAUGAGGGCAGAUUUACGACUCAUGACAGAAGAAAAGCAAGCAAUAGAAAAGUCCAUGUCAUCAAAGGAAACCAGCGUAGCCAGUCUGAAAGCUAGUUUAGAAACCAUGCAGGGUUCAGCAGCUUCAUUAAAUGAAGAGCUGGGAUCUGAUCUUUUGUCACAACUUAGUGUGGAGGAUCAAAGGGAGGUGGAUUAUCUCAAUGAUCAAAUCAAGAAUCUCACCCAGCAAAACAAAGAAGCUCUGACAGAGAGAAUUAGGUUGGAGGGUGAAAAGAACAAGUUGGAGAAUUUACUGCAUAAUAACCUGAUGAAGAAACGAGACAGGAUCAUGCACGACUUACAGGAAAUGUCUGUGGCUGACUAUCGUCAGAAGUUGGAGCAGUAUCAGACAGAACUGGACCAAGAGGAUGAGAAGCUGGCCAACUUUAAGGAGCAAAGCAAAAGUUUGGAUGGUCAGCUCGAAAAGAUGAACAAAGAACAGAAAGAAUUACAGACUAACCUAGAACACUGGAGGGCAAAAGAAAAAGAAUAUCAAGACCAAAUCUCUGAAGAUGCAAAAGAUUUGGAGAAGAUGACAAACAAACAGAGCCUGCUUUUGAAAAAGAAAGAUGAAUGCAUGAAGAAAAUAAGAGAAUUGGGAUCACUACCAAGUGAUGCAUUUGAAAAGUAUCAAAGCUUUAGUCUUAAACAGCUCUUCAAAAAACUAGAGAAUUGCAACCAAGAGCUGAAAAGAUACAGUCAUGUGAAUAAGAAAGCUUUAGAUCAGUUUGUAAACUUUUCUGACCAGAAAGAAAAGCUUAUCAAGAGGAAGGAGGAGUUAGAUAGUGCUCAUCAGUCUAUCUUAGAUCUGAUGAAUUCAUUAGACCAAAGAAAAUAUGAUGCCAUCCAACUAACAUUUAAACAGGUGUCCAAGUACUUCAGUGAGAUUUUCAGGAAGUUGGCUCCACAAGGCCAUGCUCAGCUUGUGAUGAAGAAAGGGGAUACUGACCAGAAUGAAGACGAAGAUUCACAGGACUCGAUUCCUCAGGUGGAGCAGUUUACAGGUGUGGGGAUAAAGGUUUCUUUCACUGGAAACAAGGCUGAAAUGAGAGACAUGCAGCAGCUAUCUGGAGGACAGAAGUCUUUGGUGGCCUUGACAUUGAUCUUUGCAAUCCAGAAAUGUGAUCCUGCCCCAUUUUACCUUUUUGAUGAAAUUGAUCAGGCUUUGGAUUCGAGUCACAGGAAAGCAGUCGCAGAUAUGAUCCAUGAAUUGGCUGGAAAUGCUCAGUUCAUUACAACAACAUUUAGACCAGAGUUACUAGAACAUGCAGACAAGUUUUAUGGUGUCAAGUUCAGGAAUAAGGUGUCUCAUAUAGAAUGUGUGAGUAAGGAGGAGGCAGAGGAUUUUGUGGAGGAUGAUACAACUCACGGCUGAUCUUGUCAAACAGACAGACACACUGACCGGCAGCUGACAUCGAGUGCAAUGUGCUCAUUUCUCAAUCCUACAUUUAGUGCAUUUCCACAAAGCCAAGCAUCAUAAUGUCGAAAACAGACAGAUUUGGGGCUAUGUGUAAAAUUGAAUGCAUUUUGCCAGUGUCAUAUUUCACAGGAUCAAAGGUUCAUGAACAUCUGGAUAUAAUGUAGAUAUAAACAUUAUUCGGUUUAACAUAUACUGUAGAUAGCAGCUGUGUUAAAUGUUGUGUCAAAUUUGUAAUGAGUUCUAUAUGAUCAUAAAAUUUUUAGCAUAUUUCAUUCUGUAUAUACAUGUAUUUUAAAGAAUAUUUUAAUGAUGAUAAAUUAUUAUCACGUACAGUUAAAAUGAUACAGAUUUAGAACUGAGUUAAA